AUGCUUACGCAUGCGUACAACAACACCUCUCGCUCUCUCCUUUUUUCUUCUCCCUUCUUCUUCCGACAACGUGCGCCCAGCUUCUCCCCGAUUAUCACCUUCCUGUGCGGCCAGCCCCAACGUCUGCCCCUCGAGCUCAACGACGACGAUGGCGACUGGCGCUGUAGGGGAAAGGCUCAAGCAGCUGGACAUCACGCUGCCCGAGGGAACUAUGUCCUCCACCGGAGAUCUGGCGACACGCUCUACAUGUCGGGACAUCUGCCCAAGGCGCCAGAUGGCACCCUCACCACCGGAAAGGUAGGUUCUGACUUAGAGAUCGAGCAGGGGGCGGAGGCGGCAAGGCUAGUCGCUAUCAACCUCAUCACCACCAUGAAAGCGGCGGCGGGAGAUUUGGACAAGAUUCGAUUGGUCAAGAUCACCGGGUUCGUCCGCUCGGCCGACGGUUUCACCGGGCAGUCGGCGGUCUUGAACGGGGCCAGCGAUCUCUUGUUGGAGGUCUUCGGGCGGGAGAAGGGAGCGCACGCGCGUUCGGCCGUCGGGGUGAACGCCUUGCCACUGGGGGUCUGCGUAGAGAUCGAGGCCAUCGCGGAAGUGGUUUCGUGA